AUUCAAGCCCUUCAAAUGAAUUUAAUAAUUUUCAUGAAUACUUCAUACAGGCUGAAUCAUCAAGUAAACAAUCCUGUGACUAUUUCCUUCAGACAUUCUCCAAUUAUUUAUUUAUUUGCUUCCUGACACACACCAAGUUACAAUUGUUACACACACCAUGUUACAAUUAUGUGAUCAUUCAACCCCAAUAUAAUUAAACGGCGCUUUCAGUUUUUUUUUUCAAACGAGUUCUAUUUGAUACCAAAUGGUAAAUAUUGUCGUUUUGUUGUGCUUUUAGCUUAUUUUUGAGACCAUUGAAUUGAGCAUCUUCUUUCUGCUGGAUAUCCCAAUUUUUACGUCAUCGUCCUUUUACUUUUGCUAGAGCGAUUGAACGCCAUUUUCAUAUCGAUAGUCACCCGCGCUCGGGAAUGAACAAACUCUGAUAUUUUCUUUGAAAUAAUAUUUAUUUAUUUCCUGAAACUACUCACAAGUUUGGUUCAUUUAUAGAUCGUAGAACGAGGGUUAAAAUAUUUCUCUUGUCUCUUAGUUUGUUUUUUGCCUCAAGAAAUUUUAUUUCUGACUUUAUGAAUAUAGCCUACACAUUCUACACAAUUCAAUAAAAUUAUAUAUGUUAAAUUUAUUGUACCUAUAUGGUGUAAUUACAGUUGAAAACCUUACAGGAGUGAUAGCAAAAAUUACUUUCGAAUCCACACAAUCUGCUAAAUUAUUGAUUUCUUCUCUUUCUGUGAAUAGUAAAACCGAUUUUAUUUGCUCGGCAUCCAUUGUGUUUAUUGCAAUUAUUUGGGAGAUUAGAAGUUAAUCGGCACCUUCGUUUUCAACAAAUCUCGGCCAUAAUUCCACAGCCGUUUUUUACCCCAGCGUCCAGCCGUUUAUUUUUCCAAUUUAUUAACAGUCCAUUUGAAGAUAAUACCAGAAAGCUGGAGAACUUUUGAACUAUCUUAAAUUUUAGAGCUCUAGAUUUGGAAAAUAUACGUUUACGCGCUUUCCGACUCAGAAAAAAUGAGGAAAUUUGAAAUUGAGAUGAAUUUUUCUUCGGUUCUGUUUACUUGCUGCUACUUGCACCUGGUUGUGUUUUCGAUGGUCUCAUUGGGCGUCCAGGAUGCUGGAGCCAGCAAAAAUGCAAAGGAUUUGAUGCGGAUGCUGUUUGAAGAGAACGGAUACAACCCAGCUAUCAGGCCAGUACUCGACAAUAACCAGACAGUUAUAGUGAAUGUGGACCUAGCCAUACAACAAAUCAUAAAUGUGGAUGUCAAGCAAGAGCAGAUAACAGUUCUUUACUGGCAGCGACUGCACUGGUUUGACAAGUAUCUAGUGUGGGAUCCAGAAGACUAUGGGGGCCUGAAAAAAAUCACCAUCAUGCCCAAACACAUCUGGCUGCCCGACAUAGUUGUAUACAACAAUGUGAUUCAGGUGAAGGUGGAGAAGGACGGGGUGAUCCCGGUGUCCAUCAAUGCCUCGGGAUAUGUCAAGUGGGACACACCCGUCAUAUACGUCACCACAUGCACCAUACACAUCAAGCACUUCCCCUAUGACGCCCAGGUGUGCACUUUGAAGUUCGGUUCAUGGAUAAAUACGGCAAACGAAAUUACCAUACAGAACCAUCGUGGACAACUCGACAUCGC